AUGGACACCCGAGGAGGACGCAAUUCUAUUGGAGCACGUGAUGCUGCACGGCACAAGCCAAUGGGGCUUGCUGCAGCGCAGCAACCGCCUGCCGCUGCGCGACAACAAGGCGUGCUGCAACCGCUUCAUCCUCCUAAAAAAAGAGCGAGGAUGAUGGGGCCGUGCAAGGAGGAGGCGAGGGAGGAGACGCGGGAGGAGGCAACCACCAGACUCCAAAGCUACGGCGCUGUGAGACUCGGCAGCGACGACACUGAGAUGUCUGAUGAGACCCCUGCACCACCACCGCCGCAUCAUGCUCAGCAGCAGCAGCAGUGGUAUGCCAUGAACCUUACUGGCAACACUGUUCCCUCUUCGCCUGUGCCGCCCGCUUCGCCAGAGGUAAACCCCUCAUCCGCCUCUCCUGCUCCUCCUGCCGCCCGGCUUGUCGACGUGGAGGGUGUUUCCGUCAAUGUCGAGAGCGAUUUUUGCGUCCGGGGAGGCUAUGGCGGAGGCUCAGGGGGAGACUUUGGCGGAGGCUCAGGGGGAGGCUUUGGCGGAGGCUCAGGGGGAGCAUCAGGGGGAGGCUAUGGCGGAGGCUCUGGGGGAGGCUUUGGCGGAGGCUUAGGGGGGGGCUUUGGCGGAGGCUCAGGGGGAGUAUCAGGGGGUGGCUAUGGCGGAGGCUCAGGGGGAGGCUUUGGAGGAGGCUCAGGGGGAGUAUCAGGGGGAGGCUAUGGCGGAGGCUUUGGCGGAGGCUCAGAGGGAGGCUUUGGCGGAGGCGGAGGCUUAAUAGGGGGAGACCCAAGCGGAAGCUUGGGCGGGGGACCAGGCGGAAGGUCAGGCGGAGUGUUUGGCGGAGGCCUACUAAGCGCAAGCGCUGGCGUAGGCGGCGCAGGCGGGCUCUCUGGCGACCCAACUCGGAUCAACGAGCCCUUUGCGUUUGAGCCGGAUGAACCAGCUGGUAGUGUGCUGUUGCCCUUUGCGCCGACUCAAACGCCGACUAGUGGGCUGCUGGGAUCGACGCCAUGGUAUUCCGGUGUUGGCGCCGGCGGCGGCGGCGGCGCCACCGGUGGUAGUUUUAGCAGCAGCGGCAGACACAGCGACGUUCCCCCGGAGCAGUUCCUCCGAUGGACCAACGAGGAGGACAGGGUUUUGCUGCGCCACGUCACGCGCUACGGAACGCGCAACUGGGGGCUGCUGCAGCAAAGCCGCUCGCUGCCUCUGCGCGACAACAAGGCAUGCUGCAACCGCUUCAUUCUUCUCAAAAAGUGCCCCAUCCUCUCACGUCGUGCCACGUGCCCCAUCCUCUCACGUCAUGCUACCAAUGCUACAGUGGCGUCGCCAGCUGUAGCGCCGUCAGCUGCAGCUACUGUCGCUAAAUCCGUUCCAAUUGUGUCAGUCACAGCUGCGACGGCUGCUGCUACAGCAGCAGCAGCAGCAGCACCACCACCACCACCUGCAGCAACAGCAGGAACAGCAGCAGCAGCAGCAGCAGCAGGGGAAAGAGAGUACUCAGCAGCGUUGGGAGAGGAAAUUAUGCGUGAUGGAGAGGAGAGUAGAGGGAUCAGAGAGGAUAGCGGGAAAAGAGUGUGGGAAGGGGAGAAAUCAAGGAAAAGGGCAGGGGAGAGGGGGGCAAGGGGGGUGGGGCAGAGACAAGCGGAGAGGGAAGGGGCAGUGGAAGUUGAAGGGGAAAGGGAGGGGGAAGGAGAAGGGGCGGGGCAGAGUGGGGUUUGCGGGGCGUUGGAACAGCAGCUAGCAAUGCUAUUUGAGUUAGAUCAGGGGUGGGAUAGGGGGGGAGAGGCGUACUCUAUUGAUGCCCCUGCUGCGGCUGCUGGUGGUGGUCCGGCCUUCUCUGCUCCGGCAGCUGUUGCUGGGCGGUUGAGUGGCGUGGGGAGCGGUGAAGAUGCUGCCAGUGAUGCUGCUGCCAGGGAUGCUGCUGCUGCUGCUGCUGCUGCUGGAGUGGAUGGUGGGGGGUGCAGUGAGGUGCUGGACGGUGGUGGAAUGCGGAGGGUGGAUGGAGGGAGAGAGGAAGGUGCAGUGGCAAUGGGGGACGGAGAGAGGAAGCGGAAGGUUCCCCCGUGUGGGCUCGGUAGGGCCAUACGGUCAUUCUCAGACCUCUACCCCUUGUUUCAGCAGCAGCAGCAGCAGCAGCAGCAGCAGCAGCAGCAGCAGCAGCAGCAGCAGCAGCAGCAGCAUCAUCAUCAUCAUCAUCAUCAUCAUCAUCAUCAUCAUCAUCAUCAUCAUCAUCAUCAUCAUCAGCAGCAGCAGCAGCAGCAGCAGCAGCAGCAGCCCCAGCAUCAGCAGUAUCAUUUGCAACAGCAGUGGUAUGGGCAGCAGCAACAGCAGCAGUCGGUGGGCUUGGAACCUCGAUUUUCGGAGACUGAGAGGCGCGAGCUCACAGCAGGUAGCGGCGGCGAUACUGGCAUGGGAGGGAACAGGUUCGCUGCUGGAGCAGCGCAGGAGGGAGGAGAGGCGAUCGCGUGCUUUCGAGGAGGCACAGAGGCUGUGGGAGGGGAAGGAACCGGGGCUGGAGCAGCAGAGGAGGAGGGAGGAGAGGUGGGGGAGUGA